GCAAAGUGCAUCCUGGAUCACAGCCAGACGCUCAGGAGCCGUGGAGGAAUUACUUAUGCAGGGACAAAUCAGAAAUGCAUGCCACAGAGAGAGCUUGUUGCAGCUCCUUUAUGAUAUUUUUGGAAGAACAAUCCAUCACUGAAGACCUGAAGGAGCAUGAUGUCUAAUUGCCAACCCAGUAGAAAGAUGAAGCUUCAUUUAAAGAGCUCAUGUUCUCCAUUUUUCUUAAAUUUGAUGUUUUCCUUGUGAAAUAUGCUUAUAAGGUUGAGAUCAUGUCCUAACUCCUUUGGAAGAGGAUCUCUUCAGACAUGGAUGCUGUGCACUGUAAUCUAACUACAGUUUAAUAUGAGAGGACACCAAAAAAAUUAACUUCUAACAUUCCAGUUCAUGCUGGAACCGAAAUGGUGCCAGUUGAGGAUAACUUCACCUCUGUGCCACUUUUGGACAGCUGUGCGAACUGCAGCCUUCCAUCAUCCUCCCAUAUAGACCUUCCAAAGGUGGUGGCCAUGGGGCUGGUGUUCAUGCUCUUCGUUGUUUUUGGCGUGAUGGGGAACAUCCUGGUCAUCCUGUCUGUGGCCUGCCAUCGGCACCUCCGUUCGGUCACCCAUUACUUCAUUGCUAACCUGGCCGUGGCUGACCUCCUCCUGAGCUCUGUGGUGCUGCCAUUUUCGGCCUCCUCUGAGCUCCUGGGCCACUGGGUGUUUGGCCGGCCGCUGUGCAAUGCCUGGACGGCGCUGGAUGUCCUCUGCUGCACGGCGUCCAUCCUCAGCCUCUCAGUUAUCUCCGUGGACCGCUGCCUGGCUGUCAGCUACCCGCUGCGCUACCCCUCUCUGGCCACAAGCGGGCGCGGUUUGGGUGCGGUCGCAGCUGUUUGGAGCCUUUCGGCUGCCAUCUCAGUCGGGCCCCUUUUCGGAUGGAGAGAGCCGAUGCCAGAGGAUGAGUCAGUUUGUAGGGUUAAUGAAGACCCAGGCUACGCCAUCUUCUCGGCCGCAUGCUCCUUCUACCUCCCGCUGACCGUGAUCCUAGUCAUGUACUGCAGGGUGUAUGUGGUAGCCCGGAGGAAGAGCCGGAGUCUCCGUGAAGGGUGGCAGCAGGAUGGGGGGUCACUCAGGAUCCACUGUGGAAACACCCAGCGCUGUCAGGCUCAGGCUCACGGCCAGAGCAGGAAUGGAGAUGGAGCGGCUGUGGGGAAAUGUCGCUCCCACUGCAGCCUUGUGAGGCUGCUCACGUUCUCCCGGGAGAAGAAAGCUGCAAAGACCCUGGGCGUGGUGGUGGGCUGCUUCGUGCUCUGCUGGCUUCCUUUCUUCCUUGUGCUGCCCAUCAGUUCCAUCUUUCCGUCUCACCGGCCCUCGGAGACCGUGUUUAAAAUCACCUUCUGGCUGGGUUAUUUCAACAGCUGCCUCAACCCAAUCAUCUACCCCUGCUUCAGCCAGGAGUUUAAGAAGGCCUUCCAGAAUGUCCUGAGGCGUCACUGCUUUCACAGAGUGGCUAGACCCUGGAGCCCCCCAGCUGUGGGUUCUCUUACCCCACCGUCAACCCAAACUGCCCCAUCCUCCAACUCUGCUACUCCUUCGGCAGGUUUGAGGGCUGGGAGUGGCUCCCCUGUUGCAUUGGUGAUGACUCAGCAGCCUUGCAUAGCAGGAUCACACGGUAAAAGCCUUCUGAAGGCCUGCUGCUUCAAUGCUAAGGUAAAAUCUACUAGCACAGCAUGUCUACAGCUGUCUGACAGCACCGGUCCUGCCCCACCAAGACUCACCUGGUCAUGGGCAUGA